UUACUGACAAAUGGCUAACAGUAUGAGCGCUUUGCCGCAAUACUAAUUAGCGCUGUACAGACCUCGAACGGAGCUUCGUUUAUUCUUCACGAGAGGCGCCGCUGUCACCCACAUGUGUAUGCAGAAACAAUUUAAAAUUUUAAAAAGCCAUACCUAGAUCGCCAAUUAAUUGCUGCGAAAUUAGAGCAUAGAAAAGAGAAAAAAGUAACGGUAAUGCCGUCUAUAUGUACGUAUGUAAAUCUACAAUAACGGGGUUACAUUUUACAUCAAAGAUUUCAAGAAGAGUUUCGCCUGGUGUACUCUCUACGGUAGUGUACUCUCUAUUCAAAUUAAAAUAGUUGAUAAACGAGAAACGAUUCAAACAUGUUAAAUGUGAUGAAAACCUGUAUUAAGAAGCCUGCACAAAAACGCAGUGGAAAUCUACGUUUGAAGAAAUCAGAAAAUAAAAGGUCUACAUCAAAAACACUUCCAGUGUUUCAAUAUCCUGUGAGUAGUCCAGAAGAUCACAGAGUGUACGUUUGGGGUUUAGCAGAACAUGGGGCUCUUGGAAUACUGUCUCACACCUUACACAUAAAAGGUAUCCAUUAUCUGUCGAAGCCGAAACGAUUAGCUUUUGGGGAAAAACACAAUGUGACUAAUAUAGCUUGUGGUUACGGUUUCACUGCUUUUGCAGUAUCUUCCACAGAUAAGAAUAUUUUAUAUGGAAGUGGAAUAAACACAGACUCCCAACUAGGUUUCAAUGAAUUAGACCUAAAGUUUCCAAAUGAUUUAAUAAUCGAACCAAGGCCUAUUAUAUUACCACUUAAAGAAUCUUCGACUAAAGUUAUUGAUAUUGCUGCUGGUAGAGCACACUUGUUGGUAUUAACGAAUGAGGGCUUAUUCACAUUAGGAAAUAACGCGUACGGACAGUGUGGUAGACCCAUAAUAUUGAAAGAAGAAUACAAUAAAAGUAAAGUGGUUCAUCAUAUAUCCGAUAUUAAGGGUAAAAAGAUAAAAGCUGUUACAGCUGGUCAAGACCACAGCAUACUCUUGACAGAAUCUGGUGAAGUAUAUACUUUUGGCUGGGGUGCGGAUGGACAGACUGGCUUGGCACAUUACCAAAAUGAAUAUAGACCAACUUUGGUGAAAGGAGAUUUGGCUGGACAGCAUAUUAUAAAAAUUGCUUGUGUUGCAGAUUGUGUAUUAGCACUCAGCGACAAAGGAAAAGUAUUUGGCUGGGGUAACUCCGAGUAUGGACAAUUAUUUACUACCGGUGAGAAUCAACAAAUAAACAUUGCCACAGAAUUAAACGCAUUGGAACAUCUAGGUCAUAUUACUGACAUUGCAAGUGGUGGUUGUUUUUGUAUGGCUUUAAACAAUGUAGGGGAUGUUUAUGUAUGGGGAUAUGGUAUUCUUGGUUUUGGUCCUGAAGUUAAAAGUGCUUUACAACCAACGCAAAUUCCACCAAUUUUAUUUGGUAGAAAUGCAUAUGAAAAAGAUACGAAAGUAAUUAAAAUAUUUUGUGGUAUGAGUCAGCUUGCUGCCUUAACAAAUAUAGGUGAUUUGUAUAUGUGGGGUUGUAAUAAAUUUGGAUCACUAGGAUUGGGAUACAUUAAAGAUCAAUAUUUUCCAAUAAAGGUGACUGUCGGAGCUCAAGUAAAGCGAGUUGCAUGCGGCAUAGAUCAUACAGUAGCUCUCUGUAAACCUUUUAUUUAAUGCAUUUACAUUUUAUUUUGUAUGCAAGGUUAACACAUUAUUUGUAGAAAAACAAAAUAUACUUGUUCAGUCAAUAUGCUAUGGAAGAAUUGUGAAUAUAAGUUUUUCGUUAUAAA